UGAAACAUAGGUUUCACAGAGAAUUGCACCGAUUCUUCAAAAGAGAGAAUUUUCAGCAAAUUUGGACAGGAUUUAAAUGUGAAUCUAUUCCUCUGCAAUAGCGUUUGGGAGCAAGUAAUUUGUUUUUUUUCUUUGUUCAAAUCUUCUAUAUCUCUUCAGGUUUAUUUAUCUCACUUUCAGAUUUUGCAGUGGGGAGGAUCUGAAAAUAUUGAACCAGAUUAAAUUAGGAGGGUGGGAUGGAUAGGAUCAACGGUCUAUCAGAUGAUAUAAUUUGCCACAUUCUAUCUUUCCUUCCGACAAAACAGUCUGCUUUAACUUGUGUCCUCUCAAAGAGAUGGCGUAAUCUGUUUGCAUUGGCACAGGAUCUUCAUUUAGUUGAUGAUGAUGCUCUUGAAGUGGGUUGUGCACAAAGCUUCAUAGAUUUUGUGGAUAGGGUAUUGGUCGCGCCAGGCGAUGCCUUCCCCAUAAGGAAGUUGUCGAUAAAAUGUAGGAAGAGUAUCGACUCGGGUCAGUUCACCUGCUGGAUGUUUGACGUGUUGAAACGUGGUGUCGUUAAUCUUGAUAUAGACGUCAUCGCUUACAAAGAGGCGAUUUUGGUCCCUGUUGAGAUGUUCACUUGCAGGACGAUGGUCGAGCUUAAACUAGCGAAAAGGUUCGAGGCUUUGUUACCUGACGAUGUGUCUCUUCCAUCACUUAAGACUCUCUUUCUUGAUCGGAUUUUUUUCUAUAAUGCUGAUUACUGUGUCUUGGGAAAGAUUCUUUCUGCUUCCCCUGUGCUUGAGGAAUUAACCAUUUGUAAUUUUGGGAGCUGGCAAUAUGGAAGAUGCUGUCGCUCUCUGUCCUCUUCGACCCUAAAGAAACUUACUAUUCAGUGUCCUGAUCAGUUUGAAUUUUGGGACAUGACGUUAGAUGCUCCGAGUCUCACCUACUUAGAAUACAGUGAUUUAGUUCCUAGAGAGUAUCCAGCUGUGAAUCUUGAAUCCCUUGUUGAAGCUAAGCUUGAUCUUCGAUUAUCUUUUGGUACUAGCAAUCCAACAAAUCUGAUUAAGGGGUUAACCAAUGUUGAGGUCUUGGAUUUGUCAUCUGUUGCUACUUCUGAGAUGUUCUAUUUUUUCUGUGAAGUAAUCCCAGUGUUCAGCAACCUAAUUCAUUUAUCUAUUACAACUGAUUUAAAGUUCUACUGUUGGAAGCACUUUCCAAUACUUGUAGAAAGAUCUCCAAAUCUACACACUCUUGUCAUCAAGGGUCCAUUGCAUGCUAAUGAAUGCAAACAUGAAUUUGGAUUGUCAAGUCCUGUGAAAGUAUUGAAGAUAACCGAGUAUGGAGGAAAAAGUGGAGAGCUAAAGCGAAUGAAAUUCUUCCUCGAGAAACUGUCAUGUCUUGAGCUUGUCAAAGUUCUUGCUAGUGCAAUAAAUGACAAGGAAAUGUCUCGAAUCACCAAAGAUCUGCUAAUGGUUCCUAGAUCGUCCAACUGCAACAUCAAGAUCAAAAGUUUUCUUAAGUAGUGCAUGAAAAACAAACUAUGUUGAAUAAUUACGUCUGUUAUCGAAUUGUGUGCACAUUUGGUCUGUGUCUAGUGUUUUAUCUUCUUUUGAACAUGAAUUGGAAAACAAAUCUCUCAGUGUAGAAAGUAUGUAAAAAUUGUUGUGGACCAUGCCUCUGUUGUUUUCAAUAGUUAUUACCAACAUUACAACCACACAGGCGG